AUGGAAAAUUAAGAGUCCCAAUAGAAUUCCUUAGCUGACACUCAAUAAUAAGUUUGCUAAACCUAUCAAGCUACCACUGAAUUCUUUGAUCAACUCCCCAAUUGCAUUACAACACUCAAGAAGCAAUACCUCCUAGAUAAAGCAAGUGUGAACACAAGAUUUGUAUUAUUGUGUCUGACUACCUUGACUACAGCAGGAUUGACAGCAAGAAUCACUCCAUCAUUUAUCAAAUUACUUAGGUGCAGGUCUCUUCAUUGUACCCGAAGUGUUUAACCCGUACUUAAUAUACAGAUAAUGAUUAUUAUAGCGCAUAAAAUAUAAUUAAUGAACAUCAAAUUUUCACUGUCCAUUAUUCCCCUACUUUUCAUCGGCAUCUGUUACAACCUAGACACAAUAUGGUUUAUUGUCAGUCUCCUAAUUACCCUCGUUUACUUUUGUCUCAGAUUCAUUUGUAAAUUCAUGAUAUUCCCAGGAUCAUGCUCAUUAUUUUUCAAAUACUAUUAAUUACUUGACUAUAAUAAAAACACUGUCUAUAAAACAAUUAACAUACUUAAAGUGUUGAGAUAAUAAGAUGAAACUAGCGAAUAAAAACAGAUAUAAUAAGCUAAAGAUUACUUUACACUCUAACACCUAAUAUUCUAAAAAAUGAAAGGAUAAUUGAAUUAAUAAUAAACAAUCUAUUCAAAUUUAUUAACCAACUUGAUAGAGCUUUUACGAUUUUAAUAGAAUUAGCAAUUAAUUAAGAAUUAAUUAAAUACUAUCCAAAGAUUUUUAGAUUCCUAUGUGGAUAAAACUAUUCAAAUCAGCAAUAUUAUGAAACCCUUUAAAUAUGAUAUGUUGUUUGGAACCUUAGAGCAAUUUAGACAAGAAAUACUAAUCACAAAUCCAAAUACUUCUAGACACAUUAUUAAAUUUAAAAAUAUUUCAAUUGAUUGCAUUCACCUAAAAAAUAAUAGAUUAACCAGUCCUACAGUAUUGUUUUGCAAUCCAAAUGCAUUUUAUUAUGAAACUUUGUAUCAUAAUUCUCUUUGGAUAAAAGUUUAUUAAGACCUGAAAAUUAACUUAAUUCUAUGGAAUUAUUCUGAAUAUGGUUCCAGUACUGGAACUGUCAGUCCAACUAAAUUAAUUGAAUCUGGUAUGUUUAUCGCUGAAUACUUCCAGAAAAAGUUUAAUAUAACAACAUUAGGUGUUCAUGGACAAUCUAUGGGAGGAAUGGUUGCAUCAGAAAUAGCUUAUAGGCUUAAUCUGCCCUUUUUGAUUGCAGAUAGAACCUUCUCUUCUUUAGGCUAGGUGGUUACAACUAAAAUGUAAAUUAAAUUAUUAAGACGUAGUUUUGAUCUUUCAAUUGCAAGAUUUCUAUUUAAUUGUGUAGUAAAUUGGGAUUUUCCAAAUUAUUAAUCCUUUUAUAAAUUCAGAGGGCCAAAACUGUUAAUUCAAGAUAAAAAUGAUGAAAUUAUAAUUUACAAAGCAUAAUUGUAAACAGGUGUGGUUAGAUAAUUCUUUACAAAUUAAACGUACUCACCAUUACACUCCUACUUCAAUCUUGAAUAUAAAUAAUUUAUGGAUUUUUUUUUUGAGCAAAUACUACCUAAAACUUAAACACUAAAAUUGAGUAAAUCCCUAGAUAUGUUAAUCCAUAAUUAAUUAUAAAACCAUUAACAAUUUUAUAAGAAAUUAAAGCUAAUACUUUCAUAAAUAGACUAUUGUGAUAAUCAAUUCUUGGAAGUUAUGGAUAAAAAUGCUACACCAGAAAAAAUUGCCUUAUUUUUUGGUAGUUUCUUUAUGUUCAAUAAAGAUCCAUCUAACUCCAUAAGAAAAAUUAAAAUAGAAAUUUAAAGACUUUAGAAGGAACAUUAUUCAUAAUUUAAUGAGAGUCGAGAACAUAUAGAAAUAAUUGUAAAAUGCAUUAAUCAAAUUACAAAAAAUUAUUAAAAAACUUAAUAAAUUAAAAAUUUGAGAUAAAGAAGAAAUUAGUAAUCUUUUGAUUACUUGAUAGCAAUUAGUUGCGGACAUAAUGGCGACGUAAAUAAGCAAGAAGAGGAAAAGUUUAAGAAAUAUUUUAUGUCUAAAUUAAUUGUGGGAACUUAAAUUUGA